ACAAAAACAAAAAGUCAUUUAAAAUGAAUGGAUACAAAGUGCUUUGACAUACACACUAAUCUUAUGGAUUUGUGGGACUGAAAGUGGGGAUGAUGACAUAUUAUCAUGUGCCUGUCUCACUUUGUUUACCUAAAUGUCAGCUCUGGAGGGGCGGCUGGGUUCAUUUACCCUCCUAUCAGUGCAAGUAUACCUUUCUAAAACAACGACGAGGAAGAGAGCAUGACUGGUGGUUUCCAUGUAUUUGUCCCGUUUGCCCUUCUCCACGUCUCUGUGAGCGUGGAAAUGACGGCGUUAUACGACAGCUUCACCUCCCCUGGCUUCCCACAGCCGUACCCGGACAACCAGCACAAAGUCUGGAACAUCACAGUGCCACAAGGCCACCGGAUCAAACUCUACUUCACCCAUUUCAGCUUGGAGCCUUCCGACCAGUGUGAAUAUGACUUCGUACAGGUUUUUGCAGAGGGGAACGAAACCUUGCGGUUCUGCGGCCAGGGAGACAAGAACUAUGAAAGCAGCCCCAGGAAUACCAUUAUCCUGUCAGCCGGGAACGUCAUGUCAGUGGUCUUUAGGAGUGACUACUCUAACGAGGGCCGAUUCACUGGCUUCCAAGCAUUUUACACCUCAGAAGAUAUCAAUGAGUGUCUCUUGAAGAUUGACGGGGAAAAAGUUUGUGAUCAUUUCUGCCACAAUUACAUUGGCGGCUAUUACUGCACGUGCAAGCAAGGAUUUCAUCUCCAUGACAACAAGAAAUCUUGCACAGUCCCAUGUCCCAGUCAGGAGUUGGUGUCAUCAACUGGCGUUCUGACCAGUCCAGGCUACCCAGGACCUUACCCACCCAUGAUCCAGUGUGACCACAUCAUCCGUCUGCCAGAGGGCUCCAGAAUCGUCCUGGAGUUUGAGGAACCUUUUGACAUAGAAGGACACCCAGACGUCCCGUGUCCGUAUGAUACAUUGAAGAUCUCGACAGUCGGACAGGAGUAUGGACCUUUCUGUGGCUCCGUGCUGCCGGGUCGCAUUGACACAGGAAGCUACCAAGUGCACAUCACCUUCAAAUCUGACGAUAGUGGCAAAAACAAAGGAUGGAAGAUCAAAUAUAGCAGCACCAAAGCUGAAACCCUCUCUAAGUCUAUGGACUGAUGGUUUGCUGUCGUAAGAUCAACUCUUUUUUUUUUGUUUUGUUUUUACAGUUUCCAUAAUUAAAACAUACACGUGACGCCUGUUUAAUUGAGCACUACUUUAGCAUUAUGACUCUAAAUUAAAAUCCAUUUGUGAAAUGAAAAGCAUUGUGUUACGAGUUUGCUCAAAGAGAAUUAAUUUCUGCCGUUUCCAGCUUAAAAGGAUUCAUUAAGAAAUAAAUUGAUUCAGGAAGACAUUUGGGGAGGAAGGAAGUUUAAUUUAGGAGGCGGUAAAUGUUUGUCGUUAAACGUGUUCUAUCAGUUCCUGAAAUUUGCUGUCAGAUUUGUUUGCCAUUUGUGCUCUGUGUAGAAAAACGUUAAACACGUAAAAACAGCCAGUAGUUAGGGGCCUUUUGAGCAUCUUCUGUUACUUUACAAUUUUCUUUACAAAUUGACUUUUAAAUCAGUUUUAUGUUGCAAUGAUUGGUGUCCAUUUACUUCUUACAACCUCUGACUUAUUUACUUAUUUACUAUACAAAAACCUAAAUUCCAGAUAUUAAAAUGUUUUUUUUUUUUUACUACAACAAUCACAAUUCACAUCAUUUAAAAAAAAUGAGAUUAUGCUAAAAAAAAAAAAAAAA